CCAACUCAAAUGGGUACCCAACACCAAAUUCUGUUCAUUAUCUUUCUUUCUAUCCUCCUCUGUUCUUCCUCUGCUUCAACAGACUACACAGCUUUGGUAUACAAAGGAUGUGCAGAUCAAAAUUUCCCAAACCCAUCUGAUUUAUACGCUCAAUCUCUCAAAACCCUUUUUGAUUCUCUCAUUUCUCAAUCAUCUAACACAAAUUUCAGUAAACUUACAACAGGAGAAUCCACUCAAACACCCAUUUUUGGACUGUACCAAUGUAGGGGUGACUUAAAUUCAGUUGACUGUUCCAAAUGUGUAAGUGAGUUUCCAAAAAUGGCAAGAAAAUACUGUGGAAGUAACUCAAUUGCAGCAAGAAUUCAACUCAUUGGGUGUUAUAUGAGGUAUGAAAUAGUGGGUUUUAAGCAAGUUUCAAGUACAGAAUUGCUGUAUAAAUACUGUAAAAAAGGGGAAGUAAAUGAUCAAGGAUUUGAAGGGAAAAGGGAGAGUGUGUUUCAAGAAGUGGAAAGUGGAGCAGUGAGUGGAAAUGGGUUCUAUGCAGCAAGUUAUGAGUCCGUUGUGUAUGUUUUGGGUCAGUGUGAAGGAGAUUUGAUGGGAAGUGAAUGUGGAGAUUGUAUAAGGACAGCUUUAGAAAGAGUUAAAGUUGAAUGUGGGGAUGCAAUUGGAGGGCAAGUGUAUUUGAAUCAAUGUUAUGUUAGUUAUACCUACUAUCCAAAUGGUGUGGAUCAAGAUAACCCUUCAUCUUCAUCAGAUUAUGUGUUUGAUUAUCAUCCCGAUCUUCCUUGUCUCUUAUGAUCAUAGCCAACAAUCAAUCAAUAAUUUUUUUUUUGCUAACUAGAGCGAGCUGCCAGGGCCUUAUUUCCACAACAUUGAACUACUCUAAUAUAGCAUUUGGGAACAAGUAUUUCAUUUUAAAUUAUGGAUUUCAAUUAUGAAAUCAUAAAUGAAAAAUUUGAAAAUGACAAUGUUUGGAUAGUCAUUCUCAAAUUCUCAACUUUAACUACUUUAAAAGCAAUGGUGAAACUUGAUUUGUCAAACUAUAAAUUUGAAUCAAUUCAAAAUUUCCAAAUAAAAUCGUUUCCAAACAUGGCAUAAGAUUAAUCUAAAGUAUAUGAAUAUAGUAUUAAAGAAAGUCUAAAAUAUACUCUUGAAUUAUCUUAGCUCCACCCCUAUUUAUUAUUUAUUAUUUAUUAUUUAUUAUUUAUUAUUUAUUGAUUAUUGAUUUGAGUAAAUGUUAAACUGAGAGAAAAGGAAGGUUAGAAAAUAGGGGUAGCAAGAGUCAAACUCAGAAUCCACUUUUAAAAAAAAUACAUAAUUUAACUGAAAUAAACUCUGAUUCUCACCACCUCAUACAUAUAUACAAGUGAUUGGGAGAUAUCGUUGAUUUUUUUACUAACGUAAGUAAAAAUAAAAAAUGAUCAAAAUCCUGUAAUUUGGCCAGAACGCUGUAGAUAUUGAUAUUUUGGUGAUUGUAAUUUAUAAAAAAAACAUUAAAGCUAUACUUUAAAGUUGUGAUUUGCUAAUAAUAACAUGAUAGGCCAAACGAAAAGAAAGGUUAGGAAAUGAGAGUAGGAAGUCAGACUCAAAAUCCACUUGGAAAAAAUGAUCAAAAAAGAUAAAAUCCGAUUCUCAAUAACACCUCAUACUUAAAAAAAUGUGAUUGCCAAGUAUUCAUGAUUUUUACUAAUGUAGGUAAAA